AUGAGAUGUGUGCUGGCAUGUAGUCGAUGUCGACAUCAGAAGAUACGGUGUGUCAAUGAUGGGUCUGCUCCAUGUAAAUAUUGCGUGCAUAAAGGAUGUGCAGACCAAUGUGUUUUAACUUUUCCUGAAGCAUGGAUGAAAACUGUUGAGAAGAAGGCAGAGAAGAAAGCAGAGAAGAAAGCGGUAAAGAAGGCUCGUGGCGCAGCUGACAAAAAGGUCCAGAAGGGUGGAUUACCGGCGAAAAAGAAGAAUAAGAAGAUGCUGGCAUCGGACAUAGUAAAGUUGGAGCAGGAUACGGGUCAUGCUCAACAGUUACAGGCUGUUCACCUUCCGCAGGGUGCACAUAGUAACUAUGGGACCCCGCCUCAUGCGCAACCUCAAACUUUCUCUGUGCCCAGCAGUGCUUCUAAUGGAAUGGCACCACCUAUUCAUGGGACCGCAACACCAACUUCAGCCGCCGCCACAUCUUCCAAUACUACUACCAAUCCUCAUGCACCUCCUCCUAUGGACGCUAUCUUCAUUCCAGGAGUGCUCCCACGUAUUAAUAAUGAAAUGCUACAGUACCAGUCGCUGAAAAAUAAUGCAAGAGCUCCAGUCUUUUCGUCCAUUCAGGAACUCGUAGCAUCCACCCCGAAGACACACAUCAUCCUGGCGGUCAAAAGAGUCGAAACUUGUUUCCCAGAGUGUCACUUCUUUCACAUUCCGUCCAUUGACACCCGACUAGCGGAUGUUAACCCAAUCCUUUUAGGUGCAUUAUUAGGCGUAUGCUCAUUCUUCACACCUUUCAAAUAUUCGGACGCUAAAACCGAGUUUAACGCAGACGAUAAGUGGCUUGGUGUAAAUUCAUUCCAGGUGAAAAAUAGCUUGUACGAAAAAUUGGCCUUGGAUGCCAUCUUCAGUAAUAUGCUAUUCUUAAAAAAACCAGACAUCGAGAUAUGUCAGGCUCUAAUAUUACUCUCGUGUGUCAAAUGGGGCCAUAAUGACUACUUCUCGGCCUGGAUGUUACACGGAUGUGGCUCUAGAUUGGUCCAGGCCCUACAAUUUGAUGAAAGAUUCCAGCAGAAGUGUAAACAGAGCCCAUUGCUAAACGAACUUCGGAACAGGACCUUUUGGUCAGCUUUUUGCUUGGACAGAAUCAUAUCUACUGGUGAAAAUCGUUGCUUCAUGAUAAACAACUACGAAGAUGUCGAACUCCCUUUACCAGAUUCUUACUUCUUCGGUCUUCAAUUUGAUAACAUUGGAACUCCCUCGUCGAACUUAUCGGCGAAUAGGAAUAAUUACAACGAAGGUCCUUUCUCGGCAGAUGUACACACUAAACCUUCAUUUUUGGAAUCACAAGCUCGGAUAGCAGCGGCCAACGAUUUACAACUAAAGAGUAGAGUCACCAUCGCAUCUUUCAAUUCAUUUUACAGAGAAAAUCCAUUGUUGAUCUUUCAAAAUGAACGCUCAGUUUUCUUGAAGAGUUACUCGCUAUGGGGUCUGAUCAAUGAAUAUAUGAUGCAAGGUGGACGUGCCAAGAAGCCAAAUGAAGUACCUUGGGAUUUAGAAAACUCAACAGUUGGUAGAAUUACAAAAGAAGUCGAGGAAUUUUGGAGUGUACUACCCAACGAAUGGAAAUGGCCAAACAUAGAUUAUGCAAAUCAGCGUAAACAACAGACGAAAAGGAUAUUCAUAAUAGCAACAAUCAAUUGUCUUUAUUGUUUGACCAUAAUCUUUUGUGUUAGAGAAUACUUUCCUUUCUUACCAUCUAAAGAGCAAGGGAUUUGCGGACCUACAGAGCCACCCUACCUACCGAAACCUCCAUACCCAGAAUAUUGGGUUGACAUGUCACGUAAAUGCUUCUCAGCUUUACGUGAAUUAUGUGAAAUUCUAGAAGUUAUUUUCGAAACGGAAUCGAAAAUAACCAGAAACAGAACUGGCUUGGACUCUAACACCAUCGGAGAUGAUAUAAACUUAACAGAAUCCUCCCCAUUCUUUUCUUUCUGUGCUUUUGUUUGUGCAAUUCAGUGUAAUUACGGCACGAACUUCCCCUUUAUGGAUCCUGACUCUUCAUAUUAUAAUAGAAAAAGUGGUAAAAGCCUUUCCCAUUGUUUUAAAGUCAUGUUGAAAAUUCUCAAAUCUAGAGAACACACAUGUCCAGUCACCAAGAAUUGGCUAUAUAUGGUUUACAGGGUACAAGAAAUGUACAGAUCUGUAGCCAAUAACAAGGUCACGGUCUCGAAAACGCAAAAAGAUACAGUAUCACAAACUAAUAGUAAUGUUGAAAAUGGCCACGUUCAGACUCAUAACUAUGCCCCCACUCAACAUAUACAAUCAAGUUCAGGAUUACAAAGACAGGAUAAUUAUCAGCUUCAAGGACAAGCGCAAGUACAAGCGCAAAAUUCACAGAAUUACGGUAGUUCUAUGCAACAAAAUCACCACAUCCCACCAGAGUUAGUGACGAAUUCGAUAAAUCACGGAACAGUGGAUUCGUCUGCACUUAAUAAAAACAACACAAACUCCACUAUCAUCAACAGCGACUCAGACACCAUUUUUAAUACCAAUAUUGAUAUGCCUAGAAACAGUAACCACUUCCCUGCACCGUAUGGAAAUACCUCAGAUAUUACCUCUGGAACGUCAUCAAAUCCAAACAGUACUCCUAGAAAUCCAAUAGAUUUAGAGCCUGAUACUGAUAAACUUUCGCUUCUUUUCUCUGACCAGGAAUUUGAAAUGUUGAUGCAAUUUUCAUCAUAA